AACAAGGAACGACCAAGUGCGAGAGAGAGCGAUAAGUCCGGUACAAAGGAUCCCGGUUUAUUCUCCCGUACCGGUUUGAAGAUUUACCUUCGAUCGCUCUCCGCUGCUUUCUCUUCUUCUCAUGUGUCUGGGGUUUUUCAUAUAUUCUUAGAAACAAUAAUGGAAAAUCGACGGUCGAGGUCAGUUCCGGAUGAGCUGAGUGACGUUUCAGACACUUCUGAUUUGAUACCAUCUGUACAAAACCCUUCAGUACCAGCAGAAAUGUCCUUUGAUUCAGAACAGAAUCAACUCAUGGAAAUGCCUUAUCAUUUGCUCUCUGAUAAUGAUGGAGUUGUUGAUCUAUAUUCAAGUGAUCUCUCUGCUAAUGAUGGAGCUGUUGGUUAUAUAUCCUCAAGUGAUCUCUCUGCUAAUGAUGGAGCUGUUGGUCAUAUAUACUCAAGUGAUCUCCAUAACUCGUUCGUCCCCGAGUCAUCGGACUGGGUUCGUUCUCCACUCGGAGAUAUUUUUUACUUUCCUGAGGGUUCUCCUAUUCAAAGCAGUCAAAUGGAUGACUCUGUUAUCUUAGCAUCUGAUGAUGGAGAUUCGAUGAUGUCAGCUGUCAUGGACGAGCUUUUCCUUGCCACAGAUUUCAACUCAGCUUCAGAGGUCCAGCAACCAAGUAUGCAAUUGCAGAUUCAACAACCCUUGCAUGAGGAUAUAUUGUUUCAGGUCCAACAACCAAGUCCGCAAUCGCAGAUUCAACAAACCAUGCAUGAGGAGAGAUUGUUUCAGGUCGAGCAACAAAGUAGGCAAUCGCAGAUCCAACAUCCCCAAGUUUCUCUGCAUGAGGAGAUGUUGUUUCAGGACCAGCAACAAAGUAGGCAAUCGCAGAUUCAACAACCCCAAGUUUCUCUGCAUGAGGAGAUGUUUUUUCAGGACCAGCAACAAAGUAGGCAAUCACAUAUUCAACAACCGCAAGUUGUUUUGCAACAGCCUUCUCCUUGUGUGGAAUUGCGACCACUUGUAAGGACAGUUUCCUCAAACAGCAACUUUAACAACAGUAGUAGCAACAGUGAUAAUAAUGCAGCAGCUAAGAGACGUAUGCGUUGGACGCCUGAACUUCAUGAGGUUUUUGUUGAGGCUGUUAACCAUUUCGGUGGCGUUAACAAAGCAACUCCUAAGGGUGUGCUGAAACAUAUGAAUGUCGAAGGUUUGAAUAUAUAUCAUGUCAAAAGUCAUUUGCAGAAAUAUAGGUCAGCUAGACACACAUCCGAACCAUCAGAAGCUUCGCCAGAGACGAAGCUGUCACCGUUUGAGCAAAUUACAUCUAUUGAUACGAAACGUGGGAUAUAUAUCACUGAGGCUCUGCGAUUUCAGUUGGAAGCUCAGAAGCAACUGCAUGAGCAGCUCGAGAUUCAAAGAAAAAUGCAAAUUCGGUUAGAAGAACAGGGAAAUGCGUUGUCGUUGAUGAUUGAGAAGCAAAAGCUAGUUUUUGGCAAACUCGCACAAGAAGAGAAAACAAGCGCGAAAACGCCUGAAAAUGGUUCAGAAGAGUCAGAUUCCCCGCGGUCAAAGCGUCAGAGAAACAAAGAAUGAAGGAAACCUUUCUAGGGAUGGUGGAUGAUAUAAGUUUUGGUGGAGUUGUAGAGUUUGACUUAUUAGAGUAAGAGCUUUCUGUCUUCUUCUUCAGGCCUUCUCUCUUAUUUUUCUUUCUUAAAACUAAUUUUCUGAUACUCAGCUCUCUAGGAAGAAACAAAAAAUAAAAGAGCAAUUCCAUCUUUGCGAUGUAAGACCAUCUCCAUUAGAGAUGCUUAAUGCAAUGCUUAACACAUUGCUUAUAUUAAUUGUAUUAUAUUUAAUGUAAAA